AUGGCCAACUACUACAACAUAGACGACAUUCUCAUGGAGGAAGAGGUGGAAACUUUGCUCUUUUCCGUCGCAUCGAUCUUAUGUUUCGAAAAUUUACCUUUUCUAGGACUCCAUCUAUCUAAUGGAUCACGGUCUUGCAGCCUAUUACAUCAAUCUUUCAGGUCAGAGCGAACGGGGUUGGGUUGCUGGAUCCUGGCUCGGAAUCGAACUGUGUAUGGCUGCUCUGAAAUCCUGCUCAAAACACCAUAGCUUAGCUUCCUGAUAAAUUUCUCAUGCUCCAUCCUCUUUCUGCUGCCCAGGUUGAAGCCGGCGCGAAAGUAGAUCUACCAUUGUGGCUUGCUCACGAACUUCACUUACGACAAGCAGUAGCCAUCGGUGUCCCUCCCUGUUUCAGCCAGAGGUAUGGAUGAUGCAGCAAGGUCUGCGUUUGCAAGAUCCCCACGUAAGGUGGUGGCCUUUUUACCGAGUGACUAAUGGAGCCAGGAAAUAUAUUUUGGUGGGAAUAUGGAUGAAGCUGUUGUUCUGUGGUGCCAUCUAUCUCUGUUUGAGAACCACAGCCGCCUCUUUCCGACAGGAGGACGAAGCUGAAGUGGAGUGGAGGAGGGGGGCUCCUUUCCUCAUCUCUGUCUCCCUGGCUUUCGUUGUUCUGAUCAUGAAUUCUUGCGCUGCAGAACGAGGAAGGAAGUUCAAGCGGAUGCAGCGUGUGUGGAUCUGAGGAGUCGAUGCCCUUACUUUUAUGAACUGGGCUGCAAGAUCUUUCCCCUGUGAGUAGCUCCGAUUAUCUCCUUUCUCUCUCUUCCGGCCAAAAUAUGUAGAAAAAGGGGGAGAAGAAUCCAUGCAUCAUCAUCCCCUUUUUCUCACUGUCAACAUCAUGGGAUCCUACAUGCUGAGAACUAGGAGAGUUUGUUGGUGCAUAAUAGACUGGCUGCCGUGGCUGGGGGACCGCUAGAAAGUGGUUUAUUUCCUGCCAAUCUCUCUCUCUCUCUCUCUCUCUCUCUCUCUACUCUUCUAGAAUAUUUUCUCUCUAAAACCAGCCGGGGCUGCUUUUCUUAGGCGUCUGUGCUCAUGGAUUGAGACGAUUAGUUCCCUUGGACUUUUGAGGCUUGUGUGGGACAGCGGGAUCCUUCCUGAUGAAUGUGGCUGCUAUUUCCAAGCCCCCCACCCAAUAUACAGAGGGGCCAUCUUCAUCGGCCACUCUGGCUCUGUCUGUCCUGGUGAAUAAAUUCUGAGAAGUAGCUCCUGAUUUAUCAUUGACUGUGAUUGGAGGGAUGCCCUCAGUCCGGAAGAGCUGCUCCGAGCUUCACGCUGCACGAUUUCUCCGCCUGAUUCCUCCUCCUGGUUGGUUCCCCGCAGAGUCGGCGACAAGAGCAUCGGGCCCUUCCUCCUCUACACCUUCACAAGCCGCUACAAGGAGAUCCUCAGCAAGUCCCACAGCGCCCCUGUCUCCACCUCCCCCAAGUACCUGCCUCGCCUCACCCAGGAGGAGACCCAGCGUGAGAUUAUCAUCAUCCACCUCCCCUUUUAUUCAUUCAUUAUUUACUAUUUUGGGGGAAAAAUAGAUAGAUUGAUAUGCUGCCCAAAAUGGGAAAUCUUAUGGGGGACAUGAUCUUCCCACUUGCUGUUGUCGUCGUCGUCGUCGUCGUCGUUGCAGUGUUCAAGGCAGCUCAAUGGUCAAUUGCGUCGUUCAGGAAGUGGCGGGUGGGGGGGUCGAGGCUGGAGAAAGCUUCCAUCUUGGGGAGGAAGAGGAAGCCCGCCGCCGCCCAGCUGCCGCCGGCGGGGUGA